UUUAAGUCUAGGAGGGUGGCUGUGUCGCCCAUGUUUGAGGCGGGUGGACCUUUGUAACACUUGACAAUACUGUUUGCUUAUAAGGGCAGAUCAAGGGACAAACUUGUGACAGACGAAGAUCAAAAGUCUCCCUUGUCAUCAGAACUGCUGCGCGUACGCCACCAUGGAUAUGGCCUCCAAACAAAGCUUGCUCCUCUUUUUCACACUUCCAUUCCUCUGUGCUGCCGUUGAACCAGAAGCAGCACCUGUUGUAAACACGAAGCUCGGGAGCCUGAGGGGUGAAGUGUUGACUGUAAACGGAAGUGAGAAUAAGGUUCAUGCCUUUCUGGGGGUCCCCUUCGCAAAACCACCCGUGGGCCCUACACUGAGACUGGCGGCACCUCAGGCAGUGGAAGCAUGGGAAGGAGUAAGAAAUGCCACCAAACAGCCUCUCAUGUGCAUCCAAGAUAGAGAUCUCAGCGUGGAUUUGGCUGAAAAUUAUAUGGGACAUAAAAUAGAAAUCCCGGAAGUGUCAGAAGACUGUCUGUACUUGAACAUCUACACCCCUGCAAACAGAACUGAAGAUGCGAAACUCGCGGUCAUGGUCUGGAUCCACGGAGGAGGCCUUUCUACAGGCGCAGCUUCAGCGUAUGAUGGAUCCGCCCUGACAGCCUAUGAGAAUGUGGUUGUGGUGGUGAUCCAGUACCGCCUGGGACUUCUCGGAUAUCUGAGCACUGGUGACGAGCACAUGGCAGGAAACUGGGGCAUGCUGGACCAGGUGCAGGCCCUGAAGUGGGUCCAGGAGCACAUUCACAACUUUGGAGGAGACUCUAACUCAGUCACUAUAUUUGGAGAGUCUGCUGGUGGAGUGUGUGUGUCCCUUUUGCUUCUCUCACCAUUGACUGAAGGCCUGUUGAACAACGCUAUUGCAGAGAGUGGUGCAGCCGCAAUGGAUGCUCUUGUCCAGGAGAGUUCUCUAGAAAUCACUCAGAUCGUAGCGAACAUGUCUGGAUGUAGUGCUGAAUCCACAGAGAAGAUUGCAAGUUGUAUGAGGAACCUGGAUAUGGAAACAAUACUUGCCAUUGUCAAGGUUCGUGCAUUAAGUUAUACGGUGGUGACGGAUGGACACUUUCUGACCAAACCGGUGAAACAGCUGUUUGAGAGUCAUGAACUUCAGAAGGUGCCGUUCAUCACAGGAGUGAACAGUGAUGAAGGGGGCUACGUUAUGACUCGUAACUUUGCACCUCCGAACUGGACAACGGGACUGGACCCUGAGCAAGUUUCGGAAAUGGUGGCCUCGUUUGUUCCUAAUAUCGACAAGAGAGAAUUGGUGUUGAAGGAGUAUGGUGUCACCUCUGAGGACCGGGUGAAGAACAGAGACGCGAUCACUCAGUUCAUUGGAGAUGUUUUAUUCAACAUUCCAGCUGUUGUUACAGCCAAUGCUCACAGAGACGCCGGUGCUACUGUAUAUGUGUACGAGUACACGUACAUCCCGUCACAUAUGAAGUCAAGGAGGCCAAGCUUUGUUGGGAGUGACCACGGAGAUGAAAUCUCAUCAGUGUUUGGAUUCUGUUUCACGCACGCCCACCUUACAUUACCAGAGCCCUGCUUAGCUGAAGAGGAAAAACUGGGCAGAAUCGUGAUGAGCUACUGGGCCAACUUUGCUCGCACAGGGUCUCCAAAUGGGAAUGGUCUGGUUAGCUGGCCCAAAUAUGACAGAGAAGAAGCAUAUUUGGGAAUCGGAGCGGAGCAGGUGGUCGGCCAUCAUCUCAAGAGCGAACACUUUAUCUUCUUGACUCAGACGCUUCCAAACUCGAAGGCUCCGCCAAAUGCAUCACUUCAGUGUGUGUUGAUUUUCAUCACCUCUUCCUUGUCCCUCCUUGUUCACACUCCGCAGCUCUUUGGUGCUGCCUGCCUUCUGUAAAACCCCGUCCUUAUUUCAUUCUUCCUCUCAAUGGAGGCUAUGGCGAACAUAGCAACACCACAAACACUAUACUGGGAUAUGAGUGAGCAGGAACUCGGCCCCUGCCACGCGACCGUAGACUGACUUCAAGUGAGUCAACCAUCGCGUCUAACUGUGAUACUUUUCAUUCUUAAUACAUCAGAUACCAUGUCUUUUAAUUGGUCCUGGGAACCUGGGAGUUAUUUUUGUGUUGUCUGUUUCUGAGUGCUUAAAUAAAUAAAUAUCGGAAACAAAACAAACUGGGUUUUGAUGAAGAAAAAUCUUAA